AAAAGGUAUUCCUCUGAAAUUGAAUCGGUAGUUUGGGCUAAUUACGGCGUACUUUUGAAGAUUAGUCGGUUUCCGUGAAGUUUCCCAGACACAUCGGAAAAGUUUCGGUGCUUUUAAUUUUUGAUUUUUUUUUUCUGGAGAAAAUGACUUUGACAGUGUGCCGAAUAUUGGAUAUACCAUGCAAAGUGUGCGGUGACUUCUCUUCCGGAAAGCACUACAACAUAUUUGCCUGCGAUGGAUGUGCAGGUUUCUUCAAAAGGUCCAUUCGCAGGAACAGACAAUAUGUCUGCAAGGCCAAAGGCGCGUGCGUCAUCGACAAGAUGCAUAGAAACCAGUGCAGAUCGUGCCGGCUCAAACGAUGUGAAGAAGUGGGUAUGAAUAGAGAAGCUGUACAACAUGAACGCGGCCCCCGAAAUUCAACCAUUCGACGAUACAUGGAAAAUCAACUGCGACCGAUACCAACAUUGAACACGUUACCCAUACCGACACCGAUGUUUCCUACAACACCUCCCGUUGGCCUGAACUUAACUGUCCCCCAAAAUCUGACGCCAUCUCCAGCAUCACUAGAUUCUUCCUACUCCUCCAGAGUCAACAGUAUGCCACCAAGAACAUUUUUAUUCAACAACCUGCCAAUGAUCUCACCAUUACCACCACCUUUCCAUAUCGCUCUACCUGCCAUGGUCAGCCCCCCAGUCUCACCGCCUCAAGCGUCAACUCCUGAAGAACUAUGCGAAGCUGCCGCUCGACUCAUGUUUGUUGUGGUACAGUGGGCCAGCAGUAAUGUCCUAAUGCAGACGCUGCCCUACGAAGACCAACUGGUCCUUCUGGAAGAACGCUGGAAGGACCUUUUUAUCCUGUUCGGGUCACAGUUCUUGCCACACAACUUGGAACCUCUACUCGAUUGUAAUCCUUCCUUCAAAAACGACAGCGAGCUUCGGGAGAAAGCUGCUCAGCUUCAGGAGGCACUGAGGAAAAUCAAGACUUUUUCUUUUGAUCAAUACGAACUUUCCUCUUUAAGAUGCAUGUACCUGUUUAGCAGGAGUUCGAUCGCUGAAUCUUCCGUGUCCUCAAGACUGCGCGAAAGUGACAGGAUCAAAGCAUUUUUUAAAGACUUUUACGAGUGUUUUGUGUCGUACAACUAUGUGAUGAAAAGGGACUUCCUCAGACCGGGGUGUUGUCUACGGUCACUGGACGCGUACUUUAGUUCAGUACCGGUGAGCCUUAUAGAGGAACUGUUUUUUAAGUCCACCGUGGGUAAUACUUCAAUGAAUAAAGUUGUUGUAGACAUGUACAAAAGUCAACGAAAAGUCUCUUAACAAAUGCGAAUGCUGCUAUACAGUCUGAUGAAAAAUUAUUUUAUGGCUAAGUAGUUUUUGGACAAUGGUAAAUAAUUUCUAUAGGAAAUUAGAGUAGAACUUGGUUAUAAAACUUUUUUUCAGACGGUAAAUGUCAGUAUCAAUUUUGAUAAUGUUGAUGAGGAGUUUUAGAGUCAGAGAUAUAUGAGACCAAAGUUGUUAAAGCAUGCAUAAAGACCAAUAAAAUUGGUGUGAUAAAGAGAAUUUGACAUACUUACAACGCAGAAGUCUUUUAGCUUCAAAUAUUUUAUUGGGCAAAAUCAAGACCUUUUAUUUCGAGCAAUACGAAAUGUCCUCUCUAAGAUGCAUGUACCUGUUUAGCACGAGCUCGAUCGUUGAAUCUUCCGAUACCUCAAGACUGCGCGCACAAAACACAUAUACGGAAGAAGUGCAAGCGCCCUGUUAAAUAUUGGAAACUGUAAUUGACGCGUAAAUUUGACAUUGUUGACAAGCCUACUGCUACUAGCGCCCCCACUAUCGCUUGUAGGAACUACGGACUAUAUUGUCACGUAUGGCGGGAAGAAAAUAAACAAAAUGGCGGCAAGUCAACGACCCGACAAGGAGAAAAGUGGUGUUCGAAUGACAAAUUAUGGGUCAUCAAAAAUUGUUUGUCUCCUUUCAACGCACGCUUAAGAACGAAAAAUAGAUGAACUCAAUUUCUGAAAGAUCGUCAAGGUUUUAUCUGUCACUCUUGUCAAUAAUUUAUCGGUAAGGAAGAUUCCUAGAAAAUCGCUUCUCCCAUAAGAAGUGUCAUCCCACUGACUGCGCGAACUUGACAGAAUCGAGGCAUUUUAGAGACUUUUGUUUUGCGUCAUACAACUAUGUGGUGAUAAGGGACUUGCUUAGACCGGGGUGUUGCCUACGGUCACUUGACGCGUACUUUAGUUUUCAGUACCAGUGAGCCUUAUUGGGAAACUGUUUUUUAAGUCCACCGUGGGUAACACUUUAAUGAAUAAAGUUGUGGUAGACAUGUACAAAAGUCAACAAAAAGUUUCUUAAUAAAUGCGAAUGCUGCUAGACAGUCUGAUUAAUAUUUAUUUUAUAGCCAAGUAGUUUUGAACAAUGGUAAAUAACUUUUGUGGGAAGUUACAGUAGAACUUGGUUAUAAAACUUUUUUUUCAGACGGUAAUGGCGAUCGAGAAAUAUUUAGGCAUUUCCAAGUUUUUGAAUAAGUACUAAUGUACUACCAUUUUUUUAAAAGGUGUACCUAUGCCCUUUUGCAUCUAACACCUUUAAAUAUGAUAUUAACUUGCCGAGUGUAUUUUUAUGUAAACUUAAGAAAAUUGUGAUAAUCAAAGAACAAAAAAACACGCAGAAGGCGAAUUUUUGUGUGAUAUUCUUUAUACCGAGAUUAAAAAUAUUUUAAAGACUACUUACAGAGUGCCAUAUAAAAAAGUAAUAUUUAAUACAGUAUGAUUAACCUUAUUAUACUCAAGAUGUACCAUAUUUUGUAGUCAUUUUUAAUAUAAAUGAAACAAAUUUUACAUGUUUAUAUCUUUAUAAUAUGAUCAUUAAUCAGUACCAAUAUUAAAAAACCAUUGUUUUGAAAAUAUAAGCAAAUGUAAAUUCAAAAACUUUUGUAAACUUUAAAAAUGAUGUAUUUUUCGCAUAAUUUUUGCCAUUUUUUUUUAAAUGGGUGAGUAAAUUUAGUUAAAAAUUAAAAUUUACAUACCUACAAAAAAGUUUUUAAGUGAUUAACACAACAAAUUGACUUAAUAUUUUGACUUACGUACUUAAAAGUAGGUAUAUAUAUGCAGGUUCAGUCAAUGAUUGGUAUAAAAUAGUAGAAUAUAAAUCUACACGCAAUCAAUGAUUUUGCCUGUAUUGAAGCUGUGAUCGAAAAAUUAAUUAGUAUAUUUUUUGUAUAUAUUUUUAUAAAGAAAAAAUCUGUACGACAUAGAUUGAUAAAAAAGAAUCAAUAUGUGUCAUCUAGUUUCAUAAUUACGUAGAUUUUUAAAUUAAUUUGUCUUUUUAUGUGAUUUCUACAUUCCUUUUCAUAUUUGUGAUAUUUGUUUUCAUAUUGUGUGUUAUAUUUGUGCCAAGAUAAUAUUGUAAAUAUAAUUAUUUCGAGAUCAUACGAGAUUAAUCAUACGAAAUUAAUAGUCCUACUUAGUUAUGAAACUAGACAAAAUUAACAAACUGUACA